AUGGCGAUCCAUGCCGACUACCCAGGCCUGACGGUUGAGAUAUACGUCGACGGCAAACCACUUGAGGAAUACGAGAACGAGGAAGAGGAAGAUGUGCCUAAGACCACCACGCGAUACGUUGAAUGCCGGUCGGCUGCAUUGAAAUCUCUCGGACUCAUACCACGCUCUCCCAGUCCCUCUCCAACUCCACAACCAGACUUGAUCAAGAAAGAAGAGCUACCCGAGUCGAUUCCGAAUGUCCCCUCAAGUGCCAGAUCAUCUUCUGCUACCCCACGACCCAAGAGCGCCAGUGCUAGUGCCACUCCAGCUCCACUGCAGCGGAGCCUCACCCUACAUACUGACUGCGACCAGUCCAAGCUCACCAAAAAAGAUAUGCUCAUCCUCAUCAAGCAUUAUCGCGGUAGCAGCGAGGGUUUGGAAGGUCUUCCGGAGAAGGAACUGGCUAUCCUACUCAGCUCCUACCGAAAUGAUGAGACGGAGCGUACGACUAUCAAGCGCGAGCCGGUGGACGACGACGACGUACGCAGACAGAUAAAGAAGCGCAAGCCUGAAGUCAUAGUCUUAGAUGACUGA